UCUUCAAUGGACACCAUGGGCAAGAUAAUCUUCUACGAGGACAAAAACUUCCAAGGUCGCAGCUAUGAAUGCAACAACGACUGCACGGACCUUCACUCCUUCUUUAACCGCUGCAACUCUAUCCGUGUGGAAAGCGGCUGCUUCAUGAUCUAUGAGCGAGCCAACUUCAUGGGCCACCAGUACUUCAUGAGGAGGGGAGACUAUCCCGACUAUCAGAGAUGGAUGGGCUUCAGCAGCUGCAUCCGCUCGUGCAGGAUGAUUCCCGCAUACCGAGGCUCAUACAGGUUGCGAAUUUAUGAGAAGCCUGACUUCAGCGGUCACAUGAUGGAGUGCAUGGACGACUGUUCCUGUGUGUCUGACCGUUUCCAUCACCGCCAUAUCUACUCCUGUAAUGUCAUGAAUGGCUACUGGAUCUUCUAUGAGUACCCCAACUUCCGAGGACGCCAGUACUUCCUGAGGCCUGGCGAGUACCGGCGGUACCGCGACUGGUGCGCCACCUGCGCCAUUGUCGGCUCCUUCAGGAGGGUCACUGAAUUUUAG